GAUCUUCUUUCCACCUGUCAGAAACGUCAAGUGGAUCGUGUCGAUUUCGAAGUUGAGGGUGAACCUCGCACUGUUUGCUGGAAGUGCUAUUGCUUCAGUGGCGAAGAAAGUUCAAGAACUCGUAGUGGCAGCCAAUCGCUGGACAUGGCUUCUUUUGAAGGAGAAUUUGAAGAAGGUUUUAUCGAUUUUCUGAACAAGUUGGAGCAACGUCAGGAGCAGAUCAAGGAAUCUGCUCUUCGUCUACUUUCUCCACCUGGUAUCAUGACUGCUGAUCACAAUCGAAUUGAGAAGUCGGUACAGACAGCUCCAGUCUGUCUGCCAGCAGAGGCUUUUGUGCCCGAGGUGGUUACCUUGAUGAAAACUAGCUAA